AUGGCCGCCGUACCCGUCGAAAUUAUAUCCCCCAAACAGGCGCCGCUACCUCCGCUCCCAGAAGUCGAUCCUCUGACUGCGCCGCAAUGGAAGACGCUCCUUGCGAUUGCUGAUGCAGUAAUCCCUGCUAUCCAGCCAUUGGCGAUAGCGCGGCCGAGGUUGGAGCUCGCGGUGCCGGAUAAUGUGUACUUGACGGCGCUGAGCAAGUUGAAGGGGCUUGCGCCUAAGGGGACAGAUGAGGCAGUGCUUGAGGCGUAUCUGAAGGAGAGCGCGUCGUCAAAUCCGGCGUUUAGGGAGGCUUUUACGAGAAUUGUGGGACAGUGGAUGCCGCAGCAGUCGAGGAACGAUUUGCUGAUGGUGUUGAAUAUUCUUAACACUCGUGCCGGUUCUCUUUUCCUCACAGGAUACGUCACACCAAUUGGAGACCAACCAACACACAUCCGGGAGUCCAUCAUCAUAGGCUGGAAAGCCGCCAGACUACCGCUUCUACGACAAGUACACCGAUCUCUAACAUUGCUCACAAAGCAGACAUGGUGCAAGAUCAGCCCUACCAUCCGUACUGUCCUCGGCGUGCCUCGUGUUCCUAUUAACAUGAAGCGAGGCGAAAAUUUUCCCUACGAAUUCAUUCAAGUUCCACCUGGUGUCGGACCUGAAAUUAUCGAGACAGACGUGGUAAUCAUCGGCAGCGGGUGCGGCGGAGGUGUGUGCGCGAAGAGCCUUGCAGAAGCCGGCAGUCGUGUUAUAGUGGUUGAGAAGUCGUAUUACUGGAGUCCAGAUCAUUUUCCUAUGACGGAAGCAGAAGGGUGGGGUCACUUGUUUACAGAUGGUGCAUAUCUGGCCACCGAUGAUACCUCCGUAAGUGUGAUUACCGGCCAGACCUGGGGCGGAGGAGGAACAGUCAACUGGUCCGCCAGUCUGCAAACUCAAGGUUACGUCCGCAAAGAAUGGGCAGAUCAAGGUCUCCCUUUUUUCACAUCGGCAGAGUACCAAACCUCCCUAGAUCGAGUCUGCGAGCGCAUGGGUGUAUCAGCCGACCACGUAAACCAGAAUUUCGCCAACCGGGCCCUACUAGAAGGCUCUCGAAAGCUUGGCUGGGCCCACAAAGCUGUUCCGCAAAACACAGGCCAAAGUAAUCACUACUGCGGCCACUGCACCUUCGGUUGUGGUUCCUGUGAAAAACAAGGUCCCGCCGUGUCCUGGCUCCCAGACGCCUCCCGAGCCGGUGCCGAAUUCAUAGAAGGCUUCGACGCUGAAAAGGUCCUUUUCGGAUCUAGGAAUGGCAAACAGACCGCCGUUGGUGUUAAAGGCGUCUGGACGUCUCGCGACCUCAACGGCGGCGUCUCAGGGCCCCCAAUCACUAAACGGGAGGUCAUCAUUCGUGCGAAAAGAGUGAUUGUAUCAGCAGGUACAAUGCAGUCCCCCCUCAUUCUCCUCCGCUCCGGCCUCAAAAACAAGCAAAUCGGCCGCAACCUCUACCUCCACCCCGUCUGCAUCCUCGGCGCCGUCUACCCCGACGAAGUGCGCCCCUGGGAAGGCGGCAUCCUCACCUCCGUCUGCAACGAGUUCGAGAACCUCGACGGCAAAGGCCACGGCUGCAAGCUCGAGGCCACAAACAUGAUCCCCUCCUCUUUCCUGACCUUACUACCCUGGACCUCCGGGCUGGAGUUCAAGAUGUCCGCGGCCCGGAUGAAACACAUGGCCGGCUACAUCGCCAUCUGCCGCGACCGCGAUACGGGGUACGUGUACCCCGACCCCGUCGACGGCCGCGCGCGCAUCGCGUACACGACGAGCGCGUUCGACAAGGCAAACCUCAUCGAGGGCCUUGUCGGGCUUGCGAAGAUCCAGUACGCGGCUGGUGCGAGCGAGAUCUUUGCGGCGCUGCCUGGCGUGGCUCCGUUCAUCCGCUCACCCCCUACCACCACCGACACAGACGCGGACGAAGCGGGCAUCAACGACCCCCGCUUCAACGAGUGGCUGGACGGGAUUAGGAAGCACGGCCUGCCAGCACCGCAGACCCAGUUCGUGUGCGCGCACCAGAUGGGGACGUGUCGUAUGGGGCCGAGCGAGAGGGGGAGUGUGGUCGAUCCGCGGGGGAAGGUGUGGGGGACGGAGGGGCUGUAUGUGAGUGAUGCGAGCGUGUUUCCGAGUGCUAGUGGAGUCAAUCCCAUGGUGUCGAAUAUGGCGAUUUCGGAUUGGAUUUCGAGGGGGGUUGCGAGGGGGCUGAGGAGGGAGGAGGGGGCGAGGUUGUAG